CGCCCUGUUGUGAAGUGGGUGAGUCCGAGUGGCGAAUGGGGUGCAGCUGAGACUCAGGCGCUGGGCUGGAGGCUUAGGAGAUGGUGGUACCCUGGGGGGCCUGGGAAGGUGAGAGGGGAAAGUAGCGUGCUUGUGAGUGUGUGUAUGUGUGUGUGUUUGUGUGUGUGGUGAGGGGCGGGCAGAGGAUGCAGCGUCUGGAGAUGGGUAGGGUCGCCGAGGUUGUCCGGACGAAGAAGACUGAGUUGCAGGGGUCGGCAGUGAGCUGUGGGGAGCACUCCUUCUCCAGGAGUCCCAUGAAGGACACAUUGCCAAUGCAGGAAGUCACUGGAUGAGGACAGCCCCACCUAAGUGAAGCCUUCAGGCCCGGUGAUGGCUGUGGCCUCGCCUCCACUAGAGUCUGAAGACCUCCUGAUUGUAAAACUGGAGGAGGACUCAUGGGGAUCAGACGCCAAACACCAGCAGGAGGUCCAGGGCCGUAUCCCCGGCCCCGAGGUUUCCCGCCUGUGUUUCAGACAGUUCCAAUACCAGGACGCAGCUGGACCCCAUGAGGCCUUCAGCCAGCUCUGGGCUCUCUGCUGUCGUUGGCUGAGACCCGAGAUCCGCCUCAAAGAGCAGAUCCUGGAAUUGCUGGUCCUGGAGCAGUUCCUGUCCAUCUUACCCAGGGAGGUGCAGACCUGGGUGCAGGCACGACACCCCGAGAGUGGGGAGGAGGCUGUGGCCCUGGUGGAGGAUUGGCAUCGAGGGGCCCUGGCUACCAGACAGCAGGGACUGGAGCUAUGUGCUGAAGAGUCCAGAUCCUUUGAAGCAGUUCCAGAGUUUCAGAGCUUCCAGCUGCAGCCAGUGGCUCACUGCUCUGAGGCACAGCCCCAGAAAGAGUGGAACACACACCCAGACCUUUCCAAGGUGCCGCCUCAGCUCUUGAAAGAGAGUGUGGUCCAUAUACCCCAAGCCCCAGCUAUUCCAAAACCGGGGAGCACUGGAGAUUGGGAGGUGGCAGCCAAGUCCCAGGAAGCCUGGAGCCCCCAUAGACAAACCAAGGAGAAGGUCUGCCAGGACCCUGCAGGAGAUGAUUAUGGAAACAGUAUGUGCCUGGGAGUUCCAGUUUCAAAGCCAAGUGUCACCUCCCAGCAUGAGCAAGGACCAGAGAUUUUGGGUCUGAGCCUUAUAAAUUCUGGGAAUGGGAGUCCUGCAGAUUAUAGCUUGGACAGUGAGCAAAACAAGCCAGCCCAGGAGGACUCCAGGGCCUGGGAAGAACAAUGCCAGUGUGAUGGGGAGGACGUGAAGGUGUCGGGUGUGCACUGGAGCUAUGAGGAGACCAAGACCUUCCUGGCAAUUUUAAGUGAAUCUCCUUUCUCUGAAAAGCUCCGGACUUGUCACCAAAACCGCCAGGUAUACCGGGCUAUUGCAGAGCGCCUGAGGGAGCGGGGCUUCUUUCGGACCCUGGAGCAGUGUCGCUACAGGGUCAAAAACCUUCUACGGAAUUACCGGAAAGCCAAGAACAGUCACCCACCAGGAACGUGCCCUUUCUACGAGGAGCUGGAGGCUCUGGUGAGGGCUCAGGCAACUAUCAGAAGAACCUCAAGUGGGCCAGGAGAAGCUGUGGCAUUCCCCAGGCUGGGUGACAGUGACACUGAGAUGGAUGACCAAGAGGAAGGGAGCUGGGAGCCCGAGGAGGCAACAGAAGACUGCAAUGGUUCUGGCCUGGCCACGGAGGAGUCUGUCCAGGGUCCCAGGAUUUCAGGGGGCCCAGCCGUGCUCCCGAGCCGCAUUGCAAGACUGUCUCUUGAAAGGGGGAGAGAGGAUGCCUUGGCUGACCUUCCUAGCAUACCUCUGAGAAGCAAGUUUGUGUUUUCAGCAGGUGUGCACUGGGGCUUCGAGGAGACCAAGGCCUUCCUGGCAAUUCUCAGUGAGUCCCCAUUCUCUGAAAAACUUCGUACCUGUCACCAGAACAGCCAGAUAUACCGGGCUAUCGCAGAGCGGCUGUGUGCGCUGGGUUUCCUGCGGACACUGGAGCAGUGUCGCUACAGAUUCAAGAACCUUCUUCGAAGCUACCGGAAAGCCAAGAGCAGCCGUCCACCAGGGACCUGCCCCUUCUACGAGGAGCUGGACUCACUGAUGAGGGCUCGGACUGUGAUCAGGGCCAUGGAGAUAGUAGGAGAAGCCAGAGGUCUUCCUGGAUCUGGGCAGAGUGGCACUGAGGCUGAUGACCAAGAGGCCUGGGGUGAGAUGGAAGAUGAAGAUGCCAUUAAACUUCUGCCAGAUUCCCAAACUCCAGAUACAGGGUUUGAUUGGAAGCAUGAGGACGAAGACCAAACUUCAGAGCAGGAUGUUUUUGGUGAUUUGCCUGGAGCAUUAUCAAAAUAUACCACAGAAGCCGUUUGCCAGCCUCCUGACUGGGGGGAGGACAAUGACAAUGAGAAUGAAGAUGAAGAUGAGGGGGAGUGGAGGAGUGCUCCCCUGUGGGAAGAGUGUUCCUCUGAGGAGGACUUGGAAAAACUCAUUGACCAUCAAGGCCUAUACCUCACAGAGAAAGCCUACAGAUGUGACACGUGGGUGAAAAACUGCAGUAGGAGCUUCCACUUCAUGGCCCAACCCGGAACCUACCCAGGGGAGAAGCCCUACAAAUGUCUUGAGUGUGGAAAAAGUUUUAGUGAGCGCUCCAACCUCAGUGCCCACCAGAGAACCCAUGCUGGAGAGAAGCCCUCCAGAUGCCUGGAGUGCGGGAAAGGCUUCAGGGACCACUCCAGUCUCAUCGCCCAUCAGAGAAGCCAUACAGGGGAGAAGCCCUAUACAUGUGGGGAGUGUUGGAAAAGCUUCAAGCAGAUCUCAAACCUACUGAAACAUCAGAGGCUCCACUCUGGAGGAAAUCCUGACCAGUGUAAUGAGCCUGGGGAGAACUUCAGCCAAAGUCCAUCUUUUAGUGCUCAAUGGAGAAGUUCUUCACAGGAGAUACCCAAAGAAGCUCAGGAUGUCAGUGGAAGCAUGAACUCUCCCGGACCCUGCAGCACCAACUCAGGGGAGAAGCUGUAUCCAUGUCCUGAGUGUGGAAGGUGUUUCUCUAAGAGCUCUGCCCUCAUCAGCCACCAAAGAAUCCACACAGGUGAGAAGCCUCAUGAAUGUAGAGAGUGUGGGAAGAGCUUCAGUAAGAGCUCCACCCUGGCCAACCACCAACGGACGCACACCGGCGAGAAGCCAUAUAAGUGUGCAGACUGCGGAAAGUGCUUCAGCGAGCGCUCCAAGCUCACCACCCACCACAGAGUCCACACGGGGGAGAAGCCCUACAGAUGCCUCGAGUGUGGGAAGUUCUUCCGCGACCGCUCCAACCUCAUCACUCACCAGAGAAUUCACACCGGAGAGAAGCCGUACAAGUGUGGAGAGUGCGGAAAGCGCUUUAAUCAGAGCUCCAGUCUUAUCAUUCAUCAGAGGAUUCAUACCGGGGAGAAACCCUACAAGUGCACGGAGUGCGGCAAAGACUUCAACAACAGCUCACACUUCAGUGCCCACCGCAGAACCCAUGCUGGAGGGAAAGCAUUGUAGGCAACACCUCCUCCCAACAGAAGAGCAAUAAUGUCUAUUUAUAUCUCAUGAUCAUUUCUAAACAUGCUAGAAAAGAAACCUUUCUGUGUCUAAGCUUGGUGUGUACUUAGAGAUGUAUCUAAGAUGUAUCUCUCUUAUAAAGUCAGGUAAUAUGGAUGUGAUUUACACCUACAAGGAUUAAGAUUUGGAGAUACUU